CGGCCCCGAUGGUGCAUGUUUUGUUAUGUACAACUUGUAAGUUGUAGUGGCAUUACCGUAGUCUAAAGUUGAUGUUUAUGUGCAUUUCCCGACCAUUUUGUCGAAAUUUCCAACGUUCUUUAUUAUUCUUGAAGAAUACUUCAUUCCAAAUGUUGGGGGAAAAUCAAGAGAAUUCCGAAAUCAUGUCUCAAAAUCGAUCAAAUGCACCUGCGGCAGAAAUGAAACGAAACCGAAAUCGAAACCGGCGCGAAAAAUCUGAGGGGACUGGCGUUCAUCACAGCAGCGCACCCACCAGCUGCGGCAGUAGUGGUACACAAAAUCGCGUUCCACUGAGUGAUAUAAGUUCACACUGCAACAUUACAAUUAGUGGAAAUGGCACCAAAUCUGCUGAAAAACCAAGGACGAUUGUUGUGGAGGGAAACAUCGGAAGUGGAAAGUCGACGUUGCUGAAGUAUUUUAGCCAGACAGACGGCAUUGAGGUCUUUCCUGAGCCGGUCCAUAAAUGGCAAGACAACAAGGGACAUAAUAUAUUGGAUCUUUUCUACAAGGACCCAGAGCGGUGGAGUUUUGCCCUUGAAUCCUACGCUCAAUUCACCAGACUACAGGUGCAUGAAGCAAAAACAAACAGCAGGGUUAAACUGAUGGAACGCUCCAUAUACAGCGGCAAAUAUUGCUUCACUGAAAACCUGUACAAAAGUAAGCAGUUGAAGAGGCCAGAGUACAAUGUGUUGUGCGAGUGGUUUGAUUGGCUGAAAACGACAAAAGAUCUUCACAUUGAUCAUAUAGUGUACCUCCGUAGCACUCCUGAGCAUUGUGAGAGGCGUAUUAUUGAACGCAGCCGUUCGGAGGAGUGCGGGAUACCGCUGGACUAUCUCCGAGAUCUUCACGAGACUCAUGAAGAUUGGCUCAUCAGGAGGACAAAGUUUGAACUCCCGGCACCAGUGCUGGUUCUUGAUGCCACAAAACCACUUGAUGAGAUGGCCAAGCAAUUUCAACAUCUGGAGGAGGAAUUGAAUUUAAAAUCCAUUUGAUUGUUUCUUGAAUUUCAU